AUGGCUAUCUAUCUUCCUUCUUCUCACUGUCACGGGGGGUGCGCCAAGGCUGUCCUCUGUCCCCACUCUUGUAUGUGCUUGUGUCUGAGGUGGACUGUUAACAUUAGAGCUAAUCCCUGUAUCGAAGGCCUGACCCUCCCUGGGUUUUCGUCUCCUCUUUCGCUCAUCUCGCAAUAUGCAGAUGACAUGUCUCUCGUUGUCGUUUCCGAUGAAUCUAUUUGUGCAAUCUUUGAGGUAUAUGCCGUUUAUGAGAAGGGCUCGGGAGCAAAACUCAAUCAAAACAAAUCAAAAGGUCUCUGGUUAGGCAGUGGGGUUGGUAGGCUGGAUCCUCCAGUUCCACUUGAUUGGUCCUCGGUUAAAAUCAAGAUGCUGGGCGUUUCUGUUGGCCCUGGUGACCUCGAGGUUGACAAUUGGCAACCAAGGAUCGAUACUAGUUGAAAAGGUUCUUUCUUCUUGGAGGCAACGGUCUCUGUCUUUUAAGGGCAAAGCCUUAGUCAUUAAUGCAUUUGCUUUGUCCCGAAUGUGGUAUGUGGCUUCUCUAAUCCACAUGCCCGACUGGGUUACCUUGAAAUUGGUUAGGCUAGCCUUACAUUUCUUCUGGGGUGGUAAACGUGAACUUGUACGUAGAUCUGUUGUCGUUCAACCACUGAUCAGGGUGGUUUCUCGGUGGUAGACGUGCAACAGAAGGUUUAAUCUCUUCUUGUUCAGUGGGUGAGGAGGUCUAUCUCCUCUCAUGCUAACUGGUCUCACUUCCUUACUUUUUGGUUCUUCUCGUGUUUCAACUGUUCAGUGCUUGAUGUUUUUUCACAACCCUUUGCGUUCAGUCCUGUUGCUUUGCCCUGGUUCUAUCAGUCACUUCUGCUCUCUUGAUGUAGUGUCAAUGGUUCUUUUUCCGCUUCUCGCUCCUGUCCGGUUAUGGGUUCUUCAUCAUCUGAGCAUACUAUGCCGGCAUUAGCACGUCUGCUAAAUCUUGCUACUCGUACCUUCUGUCUGUUAGUCUCUCCCCGCCGCACUGCAUUGCUAAGUUUCGUCCUAUUUUUGGUGACCUUUACUGGCCAACCACCUGGAAGACUCUAUUUCUCUUUCCGCUAGACCGCCCUGUUAUUGACCUUAACUGGAAGAUUGCACAUGGAGUGCUGUAUACUGUGGAUCGCCUCCUCUCUUUUGGCUACACCUUAGAUCCUGCUUGUUUCUGCUCCUCGCCUUUGGACACCGCUCACCAUCUGUCUUAUGAGUGUCUCCUGGCACAAAGUGUUCUCUCCUGGCUCCAAUCUUUAUCGCUGCGUCAUGUCCUUUUUGGCUUCUCUCCAGACAGGCUGCUCUCUGUUCCGAGGAUCUUUGCUUAUCUCUUGAACAUCUGUAAGUACUUCAUCUUGCUAGCUCGGAACGACUUUCGUUUUCGGGACACUCGACCGGGGGCCAUAAUUAUCGGUCAAGUAAAGGCCCAGGUGGCCUUCUACUUACCGCUCUAUUUUAAGCGUUUCCGCUCUGCUCGACACAAACUUUACUUCUAGCAUCAGUGGUGUGCAAAUGGUACCUUGGGAUCGAUUGGUGAGGGUGGCCUCUCGAUCAUGUUGUAACCCUUUUUAACCCCUUCUUAUUUGUUCUUGCUUGAGUGAGUGUUAUACUAUAGUGCCUUCUGCUGGAUCUGCUGUUAGAGUGAGUGUGUCUGUGGUUCCUAUGGUCGCCUUAGUUGGUUGUACUGUGGCUCCUUCUGCUGGUCUCCUUUACUGGUCGUACUGGCCCCAGUCUUUGCUUGAGUGAGUGUGUCAUUGGGCUGGUCCCGUUUCUUUGCUAGUGUGUAUGGUUUCCUCGUUUUAGUUCCCCUUUCGGGGCCUUUUUAAGUGAGUGUGUUUUUAGGUAUUUUUAGUUAGUGUAGUGCCCACGUCUUUUUACUUGUUCUGCUGUCCUGUACGUUUGUCUUGUAUUUGACUUGUCCUGUACUGUGUUUGUAGGGGUGGGGGUUCGAUUCCCCCAGACAGUUUCUGUACUGGUGUACUGCCCCGGUUUGCUGUGUCUGGUACUAGACUUUAAGUCUGGCGGCAUUGCACCACCCUACUGGGGGCCAACCAUUCACUGUAAACACAAAAAAAACUUGGCAGGAGGCACUGUGAUCAAGGAGGCAGUCCUCUCAAGGUGAGGCCCUCUCAUUGCACUUCCAUUGGGUUGACCCUUGCGAUUACCCCAAAUGUGGGUAACUCGAGCGUAUAAUUUCUGGUAGUGGGGACCUGCGUUCACACUAGUCCCUGGUUUUGUAGUAAUUCUUGUAUUUAGCGCGGUCCACAGGUUAUUCAAAAACGCGUGCCAGUGACUCAGAUCAGUAACGUGUGCGUGUUUCACAUACAGGUGAUCAAUCGAUAAAUCACGGAGAGAGAGCGAGUGCGGAAAGGAAAGAGAAGAGGAGAAGUCUCCGGGGACCAAGAAAGAAGGUAAAUUAUCUUGGAAUAUAAGUUGAUUUCUAGCUAAGCUAGCAUGUUAUUUAAAAAGCAGCUCAGUAGAGAGUAGAGACUGAAAUAUUUUACUCUCUCAAAGGUAAAGUGAAAGUCGCAAGGGAUGUUCAAGAGCGAGGAUGGUCCACAGUUGAAAAGCAAGAAAGCAGGAUCAUAAACAUCCGUCUAUACCGUGAGUACAUUUCUCUCACUGCUUUGAACCAGAACUUGUUUGCUUGUAGAUAUUGAACUCACCUUUUCUCUCGGUUGUCUUUACUGCACGGCGCUGGUUUCGGCGUUUAAUUUAAACUGUCGACCGUUAAUAAUAAAUGCUAACAAACUCGGUCUUGUGUUGUCAAUAGAGGGCAAGUAGUUCUUGGCCUUUUCGCUUGUUUCUCUGGUGUUCGCGGUCGUUUUCUCGGCACUUAAAAGCGAAGGUAGACUUGUGGAAGCUGUGAUUUGAAAAAAGUGAUGUCACAAGCCGUGAUUUGAAGUCACAGAGCAAAAUGGAAUAUUACCGCGCGCUAUCGAACCAACGCGCGAUCUAUGGCCAAGCUAUGUUAUUGUGAAAAAAAAUGACCCCACAACUUGAUUACUUCGAAGAAUAAUUCGGCGUAACUUUGGAACUGACAGCAGAGAUACAUUCCAUUAAGCAGUAAAACUGCAAAAAUGACGAAAAAAUUCCAUGAAAAAUAAAGAAAAGAAGAAGCCUACAACACGGGGUAUUCCCAGGCGGUCACCCAUCCAAGAACUAACCCUGGCCGACAGGGCUUAACUUCAGUGAUCAGACGAGAACCGGUGUUCUCCCUGUGGUAUGGUCGUAGGCGAGAGAAAAGAGAGAAAAUUUGACUUCUUAUACCGAGAAUGGUGAACAUGUAAGCGAAGCAUUACUUCAUUACCCUCGUCAGGCAACCCUGACCUUCAAAACAGGCUAUGAAGUCUUCCUUUGUAGCUGUAAAUAAAUUUAUAGGGCCACUUACACGGAGCUUCGGGGCUUUAAAAACCCUUUAGGGCCUAGUAAGCGGUCCCAGUCUGCCUCGUUUUCGUGUUCCCUGCCCUCCUACAGGUUAAUGGCCGAGCUGUUAGGGCCUCGGACACACACUGUAGUGUCCUGAAGAGCUUGGCCAAGUAUCUGUGCUCAGACUGAGUCAAUGAUUUCUCCCUGUCCUCACUUAGUACCAGAUGCAUCAUGGGAUGCGACAGUAUUGCAACAACCAUAUCUAGGAUGGGGAAGAAGCCAACCAUCCUAGGUCCGGAGGACUUAAAGGGGCAUCGCCUCUCGGCCUUUUGGCUAGAUCUUGUCAAAAGGCCCCCCUAGAUCUCUUAGGUGGUAAAAGAGGAGCACCUGUCUCGACCUACGAGAUGUCUCUUUCGACUGCUUCCACGCUUGUGGGAGAGCCAUUGAUUGAGGAAAUCAACAGUGAUGGUACCAGUGCAAUGCCCGAGUUGUUUUCAAGACCUUCAACGAGUCUCCCCCCCCCCCCGCUAAUUCUGAUCAUGUCCCCCGGGGCUGCCGGAUAAGAGUGGAAGAGCAAACGCCUGAACCCCAGGCAACUCACGAUAUCGUAGGCCGCUGUACGCUUGCGAAAAAAAAGAAAACCUAAGACCUGCACAGGGAGAGCCAUUGAUUGGGAAAAUAAAACGUGAUGGAACCGGGGAAAUGCCCGGUUUUUUUUAAAACCCUCCAACGGGCUCCCCCCCCCCCCGGAUAAUUCUGAUCAUGUCCCCCGGAGCUGCCGGAUAUUAUGCAAGCUUUGCAGGAUGCUGGACACAAAUUCCAAACCGUUUCCUUUAACUCAUGGAAGUUUGCUGGGUAACAGGCUCGUAUAGAGAAGGAAUUUUCAGUGUGUUUUUCGGUUGACACGGUUGUUACCAGCCAGGACAUUGUCGUUGGCUUCUACAAGGCCGGAAUUGAUAUUGACAACAUCGUUUUCAUUCAGCGCAAAGCAAGCAACAACACAUGGAUUGUAAGUUUCAAUUCCAAAGUCGCCAAGGAUGCUGCCCUUAAUGAGCCGAGUGUCAAGAUUGCGGGCUGUGCUGUUUUCCUCGGGGACUGUGAGAAUAGAGUUUCUAUUGUCAAGUUGUAUGAGCUCCCUGUUGAGCUGCCGGAUUCCGUUGUUAUUGGCCGCCAGUCUCACUACGGGAAGGUUUACUCUUUCUGACGCGACCGGCUUGCGGAGGGUAUUUUCAAUGGUGUUCUACGGCUCGAAUGAGUAUCAAUAAGCCCAUCCCGUCCCAAGCUUUUAUUGCAGCUGAAUUUGUGAGAAUAUGGUAUCCUUCUCAGCCGAAGACCUGUAGAAAGUGUGGUGCAGAGGAGCAUUUAGUGGCCACCUGUUCUUCGCAGCAUUGCUUUAAUUGCGAGAAACCCGGUCAUCGAUCCGAAGAAUGUACGCUACUGUCUCUUUGCAGAGUUUGCCUCAUGGAAACACACUCAACUAUGCGCUGUCCUUCUAUUUAAUACAGCUCGAAUAUUUCUACGGUGGAAGUGACAGCUGUAAGCUACGCCAAAGCAGCAGAAAAAGGAAAAGAAGCUGAUGUAGCAAAACAAGCAGAGGAAGAGAAAAAGCGCGCGGAUGAAAAAGCACAUGCUGAGCGAGCAAGGCGCAAAAAGCACGCAAAGAAAGAAGAACGCGACCGCACGAAAGGAAUGCGAGGAGCUUGAACAGAGGAAGAGAGAGGAGAGAGAUCGCAAGGCAAGUCAUCGUGAACACGAGGACCACGAGUGCAGAAGAGAAGGCAGGUGUGACGAGAGACGGGACGACAGAUGAGCUGAUCGACGUGAUGACCGACGAGGACAAACGAGAUGAUAGGAGGGAUGAGAGGAGUGAUUGUGAGGGUGACCGCUCUACUCGUGACCGUUCCUCCCACUGCUACCGUGAUGAAGAGUCUCAUUCCAGUUCCGAUGAUGAUGAAUGGAUCACGGUUUCUCGCCGGAAGUCUAAAAGUAGGUCUCACUAAACUUAUUAUAAUUUCCCUUCAGGUCCAUUAAAAUUCUGUCCAUCAAUAUUCGUGGGCUUGGUAGUGCCCGUAAACGCGAUAUUUUUCUUCACGAGUUAAAUGAGAAUCUUGAUUAUGAUAUUUUUCUUCUACAAGAAACGCAUAUCUCCUGUAAAACUUAAGCUGAUCUUGUUGAGAAGAAUUUUAAGGGCCAAUGUUUUUGGUCCUUUGGGAUAGGUAAAUCGGCUGGUGUAGCUAUUUUUAUUUCUCCUAAUUUUUCCGGGAAGGUUAUCCGCUAUGUUCACGACACUGAUGGCAGAAUUUUAAGUCUUCUUGUUAAUUAUAACUCUUUGAAGUUUAACGUCAUUUGUCUUUGCGCUCCAAACACCGUGUCUGACCGUAGAUUAUUUUUUGAUCGUCUACAUGCCUUUUUUCUGUCACCUGGUGAUUUAAUUUUAGGUGGCAAUUUCAAUUGUAUUGAUUCUGACCUCGAUCGCUUGAAUAUUAAAUCGGACUUUAGCGCCGACAAGCGCUGCUUGUCGGCCCUUAAGUCCGAUUUCUGUCUUGUUGAUAUUUUUCGUAAGAAGAAUGCGAAGGCGAUUUCUUUUACUUGUUCUAAUAAGGAUUUUUCUCAGGCUUCUUGUCUCGACCGUUUUUAUAUUUCUUCCUCUCUCCUCCAGUCAGUUCGCGGAAAUAAUUGUUUCCCUUGUUCCCUCUCACAUCACGACUUUGUCGAUUUGUUUUUUCCCCCGGUUAAUGUUUCUAUUCACGGAAGCAGUGUUUGGAAAUUUAACUGUUCUCUUCCUUCCAAUGAUGACUUUAUGAAUGCUAUGACCCUCUUGAUUACUACUGAGAAGGAAAAAAUUCCUCUGUUUAGUUCACUAGCAGAUUGGUGGGAUAACUUGAAAAUUCAGAUUCGCCGUACUUGUAUCAAUUUUUCCUCUCGAAAACGUAAACAACUUCUUUCCGAACGCAGUUGUUGAACUAAACGUUUACUUAGAGCUAAAUCGGCUGUUUUUGCUGGCGAUCGCGACCAGAUUUCUGAUGUAAACAAACUUAAGUCUGCCUUAGAAGAAGUCAUUAACAGCGAGUGUGAAGGCGCUAAAAUCUGCUCGCGAGCGCGAUGGAUUGAGGAGGGCGACAAACCCACUCGUUUUCUUUUUUUCACCUAGAGUGUAAAACGCGCGGAGAAUAAUAUUUUUGAGUCCCUUUUCGAUGAAUCCGGCAAGGAAAAAUUCUCGCAUAAUGACAUUGAGCUUUUUUUGGUUGACUUUUACAAAGUGCUAGUCUCUAAGGAUUCCCUUAAUAUGCAAAUUCAGACUGAAAUUAUAGAUGAUCUUGACCUUUCUUAGUCUGAUGCGGAACUAGAACAAUGCAAAGGAUUAUUCACAAAUGAUGAGCUUUUUGCCGCUUUGAAAGGCCUUCAGACUGGUAAGUCGCUUGGUUCUGAUGGCCUUCCUAUCAAAUUUUAUUUGGCUUUCUGGGAUUUGUUGUGCGAUCCCCCACUUUCUGUUUUAAAUGACUGCUUUCUGGUUGGGUCUCUUUGUACGAGCCAGCACGAGGCCCUUUUGCGUCUUAUUUAUAAGGAUGAUAAACGUUUAGCUUAAAAUUGGCAGCCUAUCUCGCUUCUUAAUUGUGAUUAUAAAUUAGCUUCCAAAAUGAUUACGGAUCGUCUGAAACAAGUUAUGCCCUCAAUAGUUCAUUCUGAUCAAACUUGUAGUGUAGAUGGUAGAUCAAUUUUUUUCAACUUACACUUGAUCCGUGAUACCCUAGACGUGAAACAAAACAGAUGAGACCGGGAUUUUAGUCAUGCUUGAUCAGAUGAAAGCUUUUGACAGGGUCGAUCAUGAGUUCCUCAUGAGAGUGUUAACUAAGUUUGGUUUUGGACCGUCUUUUUGUCGCUGGGUUUCUAUUUUUUAUUCUAAUGUCUUUCCACGGAUCAUUUGUAACGGCAAACUUUCUACUCCUGUUUUCUUAGAGAGGGGGGUUAGACAGGGGUGCCCUCUCUACCCCCUUCUCUAUGUCCUAACUUCUGAGGUCUUGGCGAACCAAAUUCGCAAAAACCCCACGAUUGAAGGCUUCCUGCUCCCUGGAACAGGUGGCCUUCAAUUUAAGAUAUCGCAAUACGCAGACGAUGCCACUAAUUUUGUGAAAAACGAGAGAUCUCUCUGUCACGUUCUAGAGACUGUGAACAGGUAUGAGAGGGGGUCUGGGACAGAGCUCAACACCGCCAAGUCCGAAGCUAUGUGACUCGGCAGGUGGAGAACUAAUGGUGCCUCCCCCUUCCGUCUACAAUGGGUUAACAAACUUAGAAUCUUAGGAGUUUAUUUUCAAACGGAUUAGUUACUGUUGAUGAAGAAAACUGGUGAUCGAAAUUAGAUAAGUUAAAAAAGACUUUAGGGCUAUGGUCGCAAAGAGAUCUUUAUUUUCUAGGCAGAGGCAUGAUUUUAGACGUCCUCGGGGCUAGCAGAUUUUGGCAUGUUGCCAAAGUACUGCCCCCUCAAAUGGGUUUCUGUCGAAUAUAAGCGAGCUAUUUGGCCUUUCGUCUGGAAAUCCAAGUCCGAAACUGUAAGGCGAGCGCAUUGCAUGGCCCCCAUCGCACGUGGGGGUCUGAAUAUUGUUGACUUUAAACCAAGUGUUCAAGUUUGCAUUUGUCGAGUCUCUCUGGGUAUCGAGAGGGAUUCGGCACAUGCAAAUGGUACUUUCUAGCUCGUUACUUUUUCGGAAAUCGCUUUUCUCAUCUUGAUCAGAUUUUUGAUUUUUCUUCUCGUUUGAUUCCUUUGUCCUCCGGGCCGUCUGCUUUUUAUCGUAAUUGUUUAUCUCUGUUAUCUUCCCUGCAUAGUAAACACGGCUCUUUACCGCACGAUUUUUCUUAUAAAAAUUUGUAUAGUCUCCUUGUAGAUAUUCCGAGUGCCUCUCUGCAUUCCUCUGGUUUCUGGGCUGCUUCGCUUAAGAGGCCGAUUAAGUGGUGGGCCGUGGUUUGGCACGCGUCUCGUCUUAAGUUGAUCGAGAAUACGAAAACUGAUUUACUUUGGCUCAUAAUUCACCGCGCAAUUAAAGUUCGAUAUGCACUGAAAACUUGGGGAUACAAAGUUAAAUCUGAUAAGUGUGCUCUGUGUUCCCAAGUUGAAACAAUUGAGGAUUGUUUUCUUUUUUGCCCUCGCGUGCACGCUGUGUGGAAUUAUUUUACAUGCUAUAUGUCUCAUCUUUCUAAUUUCCCUUUUUCUGUUAACUGUUCUUGUGUUUUCUUUCCUUUCUCGUCUCGUGCUUCUUCACCUUCUUUCUCGUUCUACUGUUACUUGAUCGCUACAAUAUUAUUUUAGAUUUGGCAAACUAGGAACCUUGCAACUUUUUGAAAUUCUGUCUUGAAUGCUAACCAAAUUAUUAACCUGAUUAAGAAAGAUAUCUGCCGUAUUUUACGUGCAAAACAAGACGCAAAAGAAAACUUCUGGUCUACUGGUAAUAUUCUCUGUAAGAUUUCUGAUGCUCACUCUUUUUUUUUUCCCUUACUGUCCAUUUAGCUGCUCCUAGAUAUUUUUGUUUACUGAGAAGUACAUAGGCGCUUUUAAUUCUAGUUCGCUUUGUUUAGCUGUUUCUACAUAUUUGUAUAUAGCCGCUUUAGUUUACUUAAGCGAACCUCUGUUAAUUUACUUUCAAUUAGUUCCCACAAGCCUUGUAUACAGCUGCUUUAGUCUUUAGUUUGCUCUAUUUAGUUGCUCCUUAAUUUUUCUAGCCGCCUUAAGUUAGUUUUGCCUAUGAACAUUUAGUUUGUCAAACGCCUUGAACCUCUGUUAAGUGAAUUUCCAUUAGUUCCCGGAAAUCUUGUUUAUAGUUGCUUUCGUUGUUAUUUGCUCUAUUUAGCUGCUACUUAAUUUUUGUCUAGCCACCUUAUGUUUUGCCUGUGAUCAUUUACUUUGUUGAACGCCUUGUAUACUAGGUAUACCUAUCGAUAGAGUGCCAACGAGGGAAUCAUGCGUAUUUUGCUUAGGAAUAAAAUUCCUUUUUUUUCCCCAUUUGACCGUUUCUUGGGCCCUUCCUCUUGUAAGGAUUAUUUUCUUGAAAAGGUGUUAUGCAUGUAAGAACUUUAUGAGGUUCCGGAGGAGAGUCAGUUCUUAGAUUCAGUCUGGUGGCUUCACAAACCUGGCCGGAAUUGUGUGACAUUUUGUAUUUUAAAAAGCAUGCCACAUUCAACUUUAGCCAGUGCGAUAGGUACUGCCUUUUGAUUGGUUGAGAACUGACCACUUGGUCUCAGGGGAAUCUACAUUACAUCAGGUUACACAUUUUUCAGCUCCAUCGAGUAUUUUUCUGCCUCUCAACCCAGUCUUGCGCGGCUCUAUUCUGCUGCCGCCUCGCCAUCCAAGCGUCUUUGCUCGGAUGGCUCGUUGGCAAUAACCGUUCUAGUUUAUUUCAGUUAACCUCUCUUAGCUUUUUUUCCAUUAGUUCCCGGAAGUCUUGUAAAUAGUUAGUGUUAACUUAGUUCCACUUUUUUUGGAAACUCCUCUUCUUGUAAAUACGUCGAGUUGCCUGUUCAAUAAAACACCCCUGUGUGGGUUUUUAUAUUUAAAAAAAAUUCUGUUUCUUUCUAGAGAUCUGUAAAUAAAUUAUUUAAAGAAAAGAAAAAAGUAUCUGUUUCUUACGCCAUUAGGACUGUAGUUUUUAAAAAGUUGUGGUUUUUUGUUUUUAGAGGGCUUGCCCUCUCAAAAAUCCUUUGUUAUUAGUAAGCGAUUGCCAGGUGGUUCCUCGCAACGAACACAUGCUUUAUGAGUUGUUUUUGAUGAGUCGCGUGAAGAUGUAGUUGCUGUCGUUCGCGGGGUCGAUGGCCCCAUUUUACCUGCUCGUUUUAAUGAAAUCGUAGCUGGAGAAGUUGGGGAAUCAGUUGUAAGACCAGAAGAUGAGAACCGUUUACCAGGCCGACCGCUAACUGCCUUUUUUUCGCCUCAAAUCCGUUUUCCUUCGUGUGAUGUUUUGUCCGCCCUACAAGACGCUGGCCUUGAUGGCUCAAGUGUUGCGUGUAUUUAACAUAAAGCUAGCGGUGAAAUCUUGUUAACUUUUUGUAAAGCUGAACUUAAAGAACCCUUUAUUCGUUUUAGAGUUUUCAAAGUCAAUGGUGCCCCUUAUGCUAUUCAAGACGUUGACUGCCCGCUUACUUUUGUGCAAAUCUUCGACGCGCCACAUGAACUCCCUGACUCAGCGAUCAUUCAACGAUUAGCAGAUCAUUGUGAAGUUGUCACCUACCGACGUGGUUUUUUGGCAACCCUGGAUGGGAAAAUGUUCAGGAUGAAAGCCGGCAUUAUCAUGUUCGAAUGACAAAGCCCAUCCCUAGCUACAUGCGCUUCGGCAAGACCUUUAUUCAGUUUCGUUAUGUUGGACAGCCUAAAACGUGCUGCCUUUGUCACUCAGCUUCGCAUUUCGCCAACGCCUGUCAUACAAUCAUCUGUUUUAACUGUGAAAAAACCGGUCAUCUGGCUAGCGAUUGCCCUGCUCCUAUUGCUUGUAAUAUCUGCAAAGCUACAAGUCAUCUGGCUCGCAAAUGUCCUUUUUCUUGGACCAACGUCACCGAAAUUCUUCCUAACAAUCAACCAGACAACACACUGCCUGUUCCUUCGACUGACUCGCCUACGGACAACAACGAACCAUCUUUGGAAAUUUCUCAGUUCUCGGUUGGCCCAGCGACUGCUCACCAGCUCGACCAAAUGGAAAGCGACGCUACUAUUACUCCUGACGAACAUCAACUGACUGACGAAGUACUCUCUACCGCCUCUGAAGAUGAUGAUGAAAUUUCCAGGAUUCCGCCGAACUGUUUGAACCGAGCAUGGAAAAUAUUUCAGCAACCCCUCUGCCUAACCCUCCUUUACCGAAUGGCCGCAAACCUGCUAAGCACAUCGAUAGUUCAGCACCGACAAGGAUCGCUACCCAACCUACACUCAUUACUGGCAAAGAAAGUGAACUUUCCGACGAAACCGACGAAAACACUCCUCUAGGCAAACGCAAUCAUUCUCGAAAUAGGACAAACAAACACAAGAAACACCAUCUAAAGAAAACUUAAUGGACCUGGUAUGUUUUGUUUACUUUAAAUCCUGUUAUUUGCCAGAGUUCUCUUUUUCCUUUUCCGUAUAAUUCAGACUAAGAUUAUCUACUUUAAAAGAGGGUUUGGAUGGGGUUAACUGACAACUGACAAAUGACCAAAAUUUUAACUGACAACUGACAAAUAGGCUAAAAUUUAACUGACAACUGAAAGUUGUAGAGGGUUUUACUGACAACUGACAAAAGAUCUUAUUGCCCUAAAUAUCCUUUAAAACCCUUUGUAAAUAACAAUGUUUUACUCUUUUCGUCAAACAAAUGCACGUUUUAUAUCAAAUGUUAGCAGCAGGACACUUGAGUGUCAUAUUUCGUUAAUAAUUUACUGUAUGACCUAUGUACAUCAGGGUCAUAAUUUUCACCUCUGAUCUCGAACUUACAAACUCACGCUGAGCAGUCCCGAGCACGCGCCAUCUUACAUGAUGGCUGCCAAUGCUGGCGUUAUUAAAGCAAUUGUAAGCUUUUACCGCAGUAAUUCGGAUAUGGCAUUCGAAAGAUAUAGAAACCGUAUUCCGAUAAAUGACUUAAAUACAGUACAUGCUCUCAAAACGCACCUUAUUCAAUUCCUUGGUCUGAAGGAACUAACAAUUAAUUAAAUACGGCCUUGGAGAUUUCGAUAUAAAGCUUUAUCGGAUGGCACCGAAACCGGGCGGGAAAAGUGAUAACUUCGCCAUUACAACGGACGACCAGUGGAAGCUGGAGCUUCCAAGUAUGCUGGAUGACUCAGGAAGUGAAAUGAACAGUAUGUAUUCUUAGUGCUUGUGUAUUUGUUUCAUGUAGUGGUUUAAAUAUAGGCAUGCAAGUUAGUUCGGAAAAACCUUCUGGGUACAGCUACGCUUUCAGAAUAUUUUCGCUCUUGUUUUCACAUAAUACACUAUGUAACAUUUAUUUUUCUUGAAAUUAUUUGUUAUAAUUACGGUGGCCUUAAGUAUGACUACAUUUUGUAGCUUUGCGGCAGCAGUGCAAACCACCGCGUGUGCUUGCUUCUCAACACCUUUCCUGGAGGGACUGUACACGUCAGAUUUUAGUGGUGUCGGUUGAUCGUAUGUAAAUUCAUACAUUAAAACAUGCAGUACAGCAGCUAAAAACAAAACAUUAUAGAAACCAAACACUUCACCCCUUCAAAUGAAAUACUAAUUCACUGAUGAUUGUAUGCCGAGCAAGUCACUGGGCUUACUUCCUGCUGGUCUGUCCACACACCCUCUAUUUUGUUUAGAGUUCAUCGAGAUCACAAACAAAAUAGAAACUGCGGGGGAUUUGAAGGCGCGCUAACGUAAGGGGGUGGCCAUGGGGAAAGACAAAUAUAUUCUUUUCUGCGCCCGCUUCGCGGCCACUGUCACCCUCCGCGCACUCGAAGAAAAUAACUCUUUGCAAAAAAAUAACCGUUUGUGGACAGACUAAUUUCCUGCGAUUUUGUUCACCAAAGUAUUAAAUCGUAUUAAAAGUUUUACUGUACUCAUACAAAUUACCGCUUAAAGUUCCAAUCUCAGAUAUUUUGAUUUCAUUCUCAGCUUUUUUAUGGCAGUUCACGUUGUACAGAAGAAAAUCAAUUGGGCUAAUAAAGAUGGAGUUGUAGUAAUAGCUGAUCAACAGCAAAAGAAGCACCCAUCAAUUCUGCCUACAGAGAGAAAAAACAAUACAAAAGGCGAGAAAAAGAAAAGAAAAAGCUGUGAGGAGGCCAAGGAAGACACGUCUUUGUCAAAAAGGCUCAAAGAAAGUGGGCAAAAUGUAUCCAGUAAUUUGAAACGAAACGAGUGACAGGAACGCGAGUUUCAACAGUUAAAUGAAGGUAUUGAAAAACUAAAUUAGAGUGCUCUUAACCACAAAAAUGCUCCUCUAUGAUUAGUGCCAGGACAUACACAGGCCGGUCGCAUUUCUUGAAGAACGAAUAAGAACUUUUGGUAUAAGAUAAUAAGUAUGGGUAAUCAAAUGUCGACAAAUGAAAUUAGGAAAUCAGUAAGACUAGUAAUUUCACGUGCGUUUUGUCAAAAUUAUAAUGUCGCGAGCCUUUACUUUUAAUACCAUGGGUGACAAAUUAGUCAACUUAAGCUCAUAAUCGCGGGUGUUUGGUGUGUUUAUUGUAUCGAGAAAUUUCGUGCUAAAGGUUGUCAUAGCAAUUUUGUAAUUUCACAUGAUUACAAAUUAAUGCUGAAAUUACGCACCAAAAUUAAGGAGUAACUUGUCACACAUAGCAUGAUCUUAUCAUGAUAACGCACCAUCAAGUCUCUUAUUACACUUUGUUUGAAAUAAGCAGUAUGUUUAUGGGAGAUAAAGAUAUGUCACGGCCAUGACAUUUGCGACCCAUUUCCCUCAGCAACACUAAAUUGCUUGUCUUUCUUUCAGAACUUAAAGUGUUGCAAGGUUCAACAGCCCACAAUGAAGAUUUAUUCAAGUGUGGAAUUUGCUCAAAGAUUCUACGAGUUGCUGCCACUAGUCGCACAACACAAGGGAAGGUGUCCUAUUUCGAAAGAGGUAGGUUGCGAUGUACUUUUUAUAGUUGUCACUAUUUUCAAGUAUAAGCACCCAUACUGUUUACAGCGCAUUAUGAUCGAUCUGUAAAAAGACGAGAAUCAUCUCUCAGAGGUUCCAAGCACAUAGACACCUACUUCAGUAUACCUUCUAACAGUUAGGAGCGUGAUGAUGCGGAUGAUGUGAUUGUUAAUGAGCAAAUGGAAGACUUUGAAGGAAUCGAUGGCGUCAUUUUAGACAAGUAAAUGAUGGAGUGAUAUGGUUCUUAUAUAGGUUAUUGAUUCAAGAGAAAAGAAUUUACUCGUUAUCAUUCUGGGUCUUUGUCUCUCAGUGCAGAGGUAUUUUUAUUUGACCUUUAAGAAGGGGACCGCUUGGAUGCUCGCAAUUGGCUUAAGAUUUCCCUUCUGAAUGUCGACCUUAAGACUGAUGCUCGUGCCAUUGCCGGCUGGCUGUUAAAGGUCAUACACUUGGUUGUUGCAAAAGAUCAAAUGUGUGGGGUGCCUGGCCGCUCUAUAGGCAAGAAUGUUGCUUUUCUUCGGGACGUCUCAUAUGCUACGACAUUUGAUUCUGCAGUUGAUAUUCUCUCUCUCGACCAGGAGAAGGCUUUUGAUAGCGUGGAUUGGGGUUUUAUGUUGUCUACUCUUCGCAUUAUGGGUUAUGGGGCUUCUUUUGUCAACUGGGUUCGUUUGUUUUACACGAAUGUUCAGGGCGCUGUCAAUGUUUAUGGUUACCUAUCCUCUUUUUUCUCUUUGUCUCGUGGUGUCCGUCAAGGCUGUUAUUUGCGCCAUUUUCCGAACUUACGAUCGGUACGAAAGAGGCUCGGGUUCAAAGCUCAAAAUGUCUAAGUCAAAGGGUCUCUGGCUGGGCCCGUGGUCUCGGCGUCUUGACCCUCCAGUGGAUCUUGAUUGGACUUCAGUUAAGAUCAAGGUCCUUGGCGUUUACAUUGUCCUGGGGAUGUUGCUGAUUCUUGUAAUCCAGGCACUAGCUUUAUCCCGGGUGCGGUAUGUGGCCUCUCUUGACCGCUUGAUCUCGUUUGGGUAUUCUCAUGACCAUCAUUGCUUUUGUGGCCCUGUUAAUGAGACUCCCUCUUAUCUGUUUUUUGGAUGUGCUCUCGCUUCUAGCUUACUGUUCUAAUGGCAUGUCCCUUAUGUUUCGUUUUUCUCCUCGGUGUCCCACUCUUUCUUCUUGACAUGUUCUGUUUGGUUUCUCUCACUCUGAGCUUCGUGCUGUUCCUCGUGUUUUCAUCGAUCUCCUCUGUUUGCUGCAGUACUUUGUUUGGCAUGCCCGGAACGACUUUCGCUUUCGUGAUGUUUGUCCCGGCGCUCUGCCCAUUAUUGUGAAAACCAACGCGAGAGCUAAGUUUCAUUUGGUCCUUUUUAUCAUGCGUUUCAAAUCUUCUCGGCGUCGACGCUACUUUCACCGCCAGUGGGGUGUGUGCAGUGUGGUUGGUUCUGCUGAGGAUGGCGCUUUUAAAUUUUGCCUCUAAGCACUUUUCCUUGUCUUCUUAAUUGGUCUCCUUCUGCUUGAGUGUGUGUGUCUUUGGUUUCUUGGUCUCCUUAAUUGGUUGCACUGGGUUUCCUUCUUGCUUGAGUGAGUGUGUUUUGUUUGUUUUGUUUUUGCUGAGUGAGUUAAGUUGUAUUUUAGUCUUUAGUUCCCCUCUUUGGGGUUUUUUACCGGGUGAGUGUGUUCUUAGUUUUAUUUCCUGUCUUUAGGCGGUGCCGGUGUCUUUUAACUUGUUCUUUUGUCCUGUAUUUGUUAGUCUUGUAGAUGUUUUUGUCCUGUACUGUGUAUGUAGGGGCGGGGGUUCAAUUCCCCCAGUCUGUUUGUGUGCUGGUGCACUGCCCUGUUUGUUGCGUUGGUUCUAGACCUUAAGUCUGGCGGCAUUCCACUCACCUCAGACAUGAAUGAAUUUUGCUGUUUUUUAUCGCAUUAGUCAGUGAAGUUGCUUGUGUUUUUUUCAUCCUGGUUUCAUCCCUUUGCUUCAAAUAUCGUCAUGUCAUUUGCUGGAGUCACAGCAAGUCAUUUAGUUGCUGCAAUUCAAUACUGUUCGGUAAAGUUCUCAACCCUCCCGCUUGCAAAAGCCGCGGAGAUUGCACAAAUUCUUUACAACAAGCGCUUGAUCACUGCAACAGUGGCAGUUGCACCUCUGGGCACGAUGCCCACAGAUACCUAAACUGUGCUACAGGAAUACGCCCAAUUCAAGCAGGUUCAUCCCAUCUUCCUCCGUGACUUUUCUUCAAUCAAAUCUGGCAAGUUUCGGGUAGUUCCACAACUGAACGGGGAAGGUACUCCCAAAGAGGUUCUCCCGUCUUUCAUUACACUACAUGGCUGUCAUUCUUCUUUGUUUUUCUCCGGUCGCAUUUCACGUUGUCCUUAUUGUAACUCUGCCGAUCACCUGGGACGCAAUUGCCCUCAUCAAGGUCAACAACGCUGUUUUCCUGUAAUAUGCUGGGUCAAGUACGAGCAAAUUGUCCGGAUUUAGCUGCUCAAUCAACGGCCACAACCGUAGCUCUCGCUGUUGUUGAAAAUCACGAGUCCGCACAAACAUCCUCGCCACCUAUACCACGAACUGCAGAACCCACCGCAGUGCUUCUCAGGAUUUAUUCGAGGAAAAUUUGUUUACAACCAGGAGUACUAUCAGUACUCCCCCUCUUAUAAGGACUACUACCCCAGUUACAGCCGUUCUGAUCACAGGUCUGAGGAAGACGAUGAUUGGAAAGUGGUUGAAGGAAUAAGAGCCAGAGUCAUUAACUUAGUCAGCCUUUAUGCACCAUUUCUGAUCACAGAGUUUUCUUCGAAAAUUUCCAUACCUUCUUUUUGUCUCAAGGUUCUUUGGUUCUAGGUUGGGAUUUUAAUUGCAUUGACUCUGUUAUUGACAGACUGAAUAUUAAAUCGGACUUUGGUACCGACAGGUGAGUCUUAUCCGCCCUGAAGGCCGAUUUCUGUCUCGCUGAUGUUUGGCGCAAAAGGAAUCCCUCCUCGAUCUCUUAUACUUGGGCGAACAGUGAUUUUUCUGAAGCUUCCAGAUUAGAUCAAUUUCUUAUCUCUAGAUCUUUACUCUGGUUAGUGCGCUCUAAUAAAUGUUUUCCUUGCACGCUCUCCGAUCAUGAUUAUGUAGAUUUAUUAUUGUCCCCUUGCAACGGUAACCCCACGGGAGCGGGGUUUGGAAAUUUAAUUGCAAACUUUUGGCUGACAGUGAUUUUGUUGGUAAAAUGCAUGAUCUUAUUCUUUGUCAUAAUCUUCUUAUCAUUAGGUUUAGUUGUCUGGGUGCUUGGUGGGAAGAUUUAAAAGCUUCACCCCAGCGUACUUCUGUAGACUAUUCUGUUCAAAAACGUAAGCGUUUAAAUCGGGAACGUGAUUUGUUAACUGAGCAGCUUAUCCGGGCCAAACAGCUAGUUUUUUCUGGUGACAACUGAUACGUGGAAACGGUUAAUGACCUUGAAAAAAUUCACUUCUCUGAUUAAGAAGAGUUGUGAGGGGGCUUAUAUACAAUUGCGUACUAAAUGGAUAGAAGAGGGUGAAAAGCUGACUUGUUUUUCUUUCAUCUUGGGCAGAAAUGGGUAGAGAAUACAUUUUCUUCUCUUUUAGAUGUUGAUGGUACAGAAAAGUAUUCCCAGGCAGAUAUUGAGCUCAUUUUAGUUCUCUGUUUUCCAAGGACAUUCUAGAUAUGCAACUUCGGGAGGAAUUAAUUUAUGACCUUGACACUUGUCUAAUUGAUUAUGAGCAUGACUUGUGUGAAGGGUUAUUUAUGAAGGAAGAGUUAUUUACCGCUUUAUUGGGCCUUCAGACAGGUAAAUCGGCUGGGUCUGAUGGCCUUCCACCUGGAUUUUAUUCCGCUUUCUGGGAUGACCUUAGUGAUUCUUUACUUUCUGUUUUAAAUGAAUGCUAUAACACCGGUUUGCUUAAUUUGAGUCAAUGUCAGGCUCUCUUAUGUUUAUUUCACAAGAAGAAGGAUCGACCCUUCCCAAAAAAUUGGCGUCCUAUUUCCCUUAUGAAUACGGAUUACAAAUUGGCUUCUAAGAUUAUUACCAAAAGUUUGAAAAAGGUUAUGGCCUCGAUUGUGCACUUGGAUCAAACGUGUGGGGUCGUUGGCAGUUCUAUUUUUGCUAAUUAACAUUUAGUCCGUGACCUCUUGGAUAUGAUUGAUAAGACGGAUGAGUCUGGUAUCCUAGUCACUCUUGAUGAAGACAAAGCAUUUGACAGAGUCGAUCAUACUUUUCUCAUGAAGGUUUUAAUUAAGUUUGCCUUUCGCCCUUCUUUUCUUCGCUGUGUUUUUGUGUUUUAUUCGAACGUUUUUCCCGUAUAAUUUGUAAUGGCCGGCUUAUUGAUGCUAUUUAUUUGGAGUGAGGGGCGAGACAGGGGGUCCUCCCUCCCCCCUCCCCUAUGUUCUAGUUUCUGAGGUUUUGUCUACUUAGGUUCGUAAGUGUAAGGACAUCGAGUGUUUUCUUCUGCCGGGAGCCGGGGGUUUUCAAUUUAAGAUCUCUCAGUAUGCCGACCACACUACCAAUUUUGUUAAAUCAGACAGGUGUCUCUGUCAUUUACUGUCUGAAGUGAAUAGAUAAAAGAGGGGAUGCAGGGCCAAGCUCAACACAGGAAAGUCUGAAGCUAUGUGGCUUGGCCGGUUGCAAGCAAGUGUGCUCCCCCUUUGGCCUUAAAUGAGUGCAGAAAAUGAGAAUCUUGGGUGUUCAUCUUAGUAAUGGAUUAGUUAAUGUUGAUGCUGAUAAUUGGAAGUCUAAGCUCGAUAACAUAAAGCAAUCUUUAGAUUUGUGGUCGCAGAGAGUUCCUUCUUUUAUAGAGCGCGGCAUGAUUGUUAAAUUUGGUGGCAGGUAAAUGGUGCCUCUCCCUUAAAUGGGCACAGAAAAUGAGAAUCUUGGGUCUUUGUUUUAGCAAUGGGUUAGUUAGUGAUAUUGAUAAUUAGAAGUCUAAGCUCUAUAAGUUAAAGCAAUCGUUAGGUUUGUGGUCACAGAGGGAUCUUUCUUUUAUAGGGCACAGUAUGAUUUUAUGCAAAAUUGUGGAACCUUCUUGCCCCUUAUUUACUAAGAGUUUUUAACUUCAGUCUCAAAAAAGGUUUUUUGUGAUUCUAUGCAAGAAAAUGUCACUCGAAUUGUAUUUAAAAAAGAGGAUAAAAACUAAAAAAUUGGCGACCUAUUUCCUUGCUCAAUGUUGAUUAUAAAAUCUGUUCGAAAUCGAUCGCUAAUCGACUGGCCAAAGUAUUGUCAUCAAUUAUUGAUGAAGACCAAACUUGUUCUGUGCCUGGUAGGACUAUUUUUGAGAACUUAGCCUUGUUUCUGGAUGUCUUAGACCAUGCAAACAGUACCGAUGAGACCGGUAUCCUUGUAAGUCUCGAUCAAUAGAAAGCUUCGAUUGUGUUGAUCAUACCUUUCUAUGUUGCACCUUAGAAUGCUUUGGCUUUGGUCCCAGGUUUUUAUGGUAGAUUUCCACCCUAUAUCAUGGCACGUCCAUGAAAAUUACAGUCACUGGCUUUUUAACAGAGAAAAUUUUUCUGUAAAGAGGAGUCAGAUAGGGUGACUCAGUGUGUCCCCUUCACUAUGUUAUAUGUGCUGAGGUACUAGCACAGAAUAUUUGUAACCAUACUGGUAUUCAAGGCUUUCUCCUCCUUCCUGGUGCUAACAGCUAUUUCAAGUUAACACAUUAUGCAGACGAUUCUACUUGCUUUGUUAAAGACACCUGCUCAUUACAAAAUUUAUUUUACCUGUUACGGAAAUUUGAGAGAGGUACUGGUGCGAAAGUUAAUCUGAGUAAGACCGAAGCCAUGUGGCUGGGUGCUUGGAGCUCUAGAUCUGAUAUGCCUCUGGGGCUAUCAUGGGUUACAAAAAUGAAAAUUUGUGGUGUCUGAUUUUCCAAUGGGUUAGUCAAUGUCGAUCCAGACAAUUGGCUACCUAGGAUUUCUAAGUUAGAAUCUCAUAUUAAUCUGUGGAAGUGUCGUUUCUUAUCCCUUGUCGGGAAAGUCCUUGUCAUUAAUAUCCUCGGAGCAAGUAAAUUUUGGUUCCUUGCUAAGGUUUUACCCACCCCAAAGUGGGUUGUUUCACAAUUUAAGAAACUUGUUUUUCCUUUUCUGUGGGGUUCUAAGAUAGAGACUGUUAGUAGAAAGUCUUUAUCUGUUCCGGUCCACAAAGGUGGCCUAGGCCUCAUUGAUUUUAUGUGUAAGAGCAAAGCCCUUAAGGUUUCAGCUCUUGUGAAUACCAUUGAUAACCCAGACACUAAAGGUUUUCUGUUAAUGAAAUAUUUUAUUGGUUCUCAACUAGCCAGAGUCAGGGGGGAGUGGUCACAAUUACGUGACAACUCCUCCCCA